CCAGGAAAGCGGAGCCACGAACGCCCAGGCGCUGCUUGCGUAACCUUUCCGCCUCCCGAGGCAGCCAGCAAAGGCGAAGCGGACGCAAUUCCCAGAUCAACAGUGGGCUCCCAGCUGGGAGACAAGCUCGGAUGGAAAUUCUAUGAUGGUGACGACUUUCACCCAGAAGAGAACAGAAAGAAAAUGGCAGAAGGAAUACCUCUGAAUGACCAGGACAGAAUCCCAUGGCUUUGCCACCUGCAUGAUAUAUUAAUGAGGGAACAUGCAUCAGGACAGAAUGCAAUUUUAGCCUGCUCAGCUCUGAAAAAAAUGUACAGAUGCAUUUUGGAGAACAGAGGGACUGGUGGUGACCGUGGUCACCUAGAGGAACAUGAGGUGCCUCCACCACUAAAUAUCCUUUUUGUCCACUUAGCUGGCCCUAUGAGCCUAAUUGCUAAACGACUGGAGAAAAGAAAGGGACAUUUUAUGCCACCUGCUCUACUCCAGUCUCAGUUUGAUGCUCUUGAGCCUCCAUCACCCCCAGAAAAGUCUAUUACUGUCAGUUUAGAAAAGUCUGUUUCAGAAAUUGUAUCUGAAAUCGAAGAAUAUAUUAAAAACUUGAAUUGUUAAUUGUACCAGGUUGGUUCCUGCACUACAAUACCAUCUCAAAACAAAGACAUCUCUCCUACAAUUUCUCUUUGAUUAAGAAGUAGAAUUUUAUGCAUUGGCUUCCCCCACCCCCUUGUGAAGAACUCAAAAUAAAAGACAAUUUAGUCCUAUGGUAUUUAACUUUUGUACACAAGCUGGAGUUGUGAGGAUUUUCGAAAGCACCCAAGACUGACCUGAAAAGUUCAAUUGACUACAACAGAAGAGGGAAGCACAGUUCCACCUGUCGGAUGAGGCAAGGCUUAUUUCUGACUCUCUCUCUCUCUACACACACACACACACACACCCUUUGAGCUGGCAACAACUACUAUUGUUAUCCUUACUGUGGUAGGAAACAGAUGGGAGAAUAAGGUGGAAUUGGGGAAGUGCUUGGUCUCUAGUUCUGCAACAACAGCAGAGUUAUGUGCAAAAUAAGUAGCACAAGUCAAAACACUUGCAGUUAAAGUUUACCACCUCCACCACUUAGCAGAGUUCCACAAAGACUGGAAAUAGCAGCUGACAGAUGUUUAAAAAGUCAUUCUAGUAGGGAAGCAAAGGAUGUGGAUGUAGUUUUAGUUUUCCGUAUGUGUGUGUCACAGUAUUAUUUUGACUGUACCAAGUCACACACAAGUCACAACAACAGAGAUGUUCAUAAUAUACAGAUAUUAACUCUAGAAUCAUCCCAUCAGUUGUACUGAUAGUCAGCUAUGAAAGGAACUUUGGCACUUUAUUCUCUUCAGUAAGUGUUUAAGUUUCUAAGCCGUAACUAUCCUGCCUCCAACAAUUCUAGAGUAUUCCAAGGGCAAAGAGUGGAAAGUCUCUGAUACUGCAACUCUGAUAAGGUACACAAUUUCUAACCUAUAAGGCACAUUCUUUGACAUGAAAUUGUGCUCCAUUACCAACUGAAAUUAACCACUGUCUACAGCCUAUGACUCACUAACUUCAAUAGAACACUAAGAAAUUUCUAGAGCACACUUUAAUUUGCUUUGGGGAAAAUGGGGGUAGCCAAACAAGUCAUACUCAAGCAGACCAAAUACAAUUGGUUUAGCUUACUUGAUUCCAGUGGGUCUACUCUGAGUGACCAACAAUGGAUACCACCUAGUGUGAAAAUCUGUAACCAGCAGAUUUUUUUGUGCCAGCAAUUUGGGUUAGGAAUUUAUAUUCUGCGGAAAAAAAUUCCACAUGCAUGAAGUUAUGUAACAAACACACAUAAAACAAGUUAAUACAAAUUGAAAUAUAUGACCUCAAUACUUCUAGCAAUAGAGAUUCUCACAUUUGUAGAGCCAUCAUGUCACCAAAGUAAAAUUGGGAAGGGAUAAAAAAAACCCUAGAGGUGAUAUAACAUUUGCUUCACUUGAGCCUCCCUCAUGGAAGCAAAGGUAGGGUUUUUUAUUAUUGAGAAAUUUGAACAUUUAACCGCCCCCCCUACUAUUAUAACAAUUGCUUCAUGUUUUGACUACUCAAGUCUCACUAAAAUUCAAAUAAAGAGUGCCCUCUUGUGGUAUAAUAACAGGCAAACCCUAAAAUGCAACUCCACCUUUUUCUAUUAAACGAACCUAGAUACAGGGACGUAGGUUAAAAUGAGUAAUUUACAUUUUUUUACAUGAUUUUUGACAUCUCAAGUGAGCCACUUCAUUAUGUUUAUCAUUCUUACAAGAAGGGUUCCCAGUAAACACCAGAUUCCCUGUUUGUUUUAGGGGUCUCCAAAGAAAAGGAUUCAGGAACACCUCUGCUGGUAUAGAACAUCGGAUAUGUCUACAUGGAGCACUUAGUAACAGUUUUAAAAAAUGUUUGACAGAAUGUUAGGAGCUCACACUAGUGAGGGAGGCCUGCUUUGAGACAAUAAUCUUCGUCAUCACGUAUUGAAAAGAACUCCAAAUGCAAGUUACUGUUAAGGGCAAGAGGAACAAAGAUGGUCCCAGCCUUAAAUAUGGUGGCUUGAAUUUCUGCUGCUAGGGAUAAAAUGACUGCAAAUAAUUGCUCACAAAGAAGUUUAAUUCAUUUAUUACCUGUGCACAAGAGAAAUAACUACCAAUAAAAACCCAAAAGAUAUACAGUAUUUUUACAUGGUGGUUAAAAGUAAUUAGAAUAUCACAUGACAGUGUCAGUGAAAGUAUGAGUCCAAUUACAAAUCAUAAUGCAAGUUAGAAUCUCAAGGGGAAAGCCAAAGAGCUUUAGGCAAAAGCAGUUUCAGAGCAAAAGGCUGUGCCCCUUCAAUCCGCACAAAGAUGAAGGUAAUUUACAAUCAAUCCUUGUGAAUAUUUGAGACAAUGUUACAAUGCAGGUUUCUGUACAGUUGUAAAGAUCAGGUCAGCAAUCCUAGUAUUUUAAAAGAAUUUGCCAAAGCACUUCUGCUAAGAGAUACUUGCUAAAGAUGCUGUAAGAUUCUACUCCAUUGGCGGUGUCUCAUGUCUUUCACUUAUUCUGGCUUUGAGAUGAAGA